AUGUGUUGGUUUUCAAUAUUUCUAGUCUUUUGUUUUCUCUCUUUUCCUUUACCCCUCGAGUAUUUUCGUCGUCGUGUCCGCUUCAUCAUCAAGUUCCCCCCCUUUCCCUCCCUCCUUUCCAUCUGGCCUUCUUGUCUCAUCUUUUCCAACAUCACAAAAAAUCCCUCCGUCCUAGUUUAUCUCCGUUUUCAGAUUGGCUUGGCAUGUACAACCCUCCAUCCUCUUCUCUCUCUCUCUCGACACAAACACACAUAUGGUUUCUUAUACGGCUGGAUGGGCGGCAGCGUUGUGGGAGUCGGGGAGUGA